CCCACUCGUAGAAGUUCCAAAACCACAGGAGACUUAGGAGCGACAAAGAAGACUUCAGCUUCACCAAACUAAACUGUAAGAGAGGCUGAGGCAAAGAAGCGAAAAUGGAGGGGCAGCCGCAUCCAUACGCACCAAGAGAUCUGAAACUGCCUGGCUAUGUACCUAAUUUCCUCACUCAAUCCACCAUUGUCGGCGUCUAUUUACUCACCUCCCUUCUUGUCGUCUCUCUCAUCUGGAUCCUCUCUGGAAGGUCUCGUAAGAUAACAAAAAUGAAUAGGUUGCUCAUGUGCUGGUGGGCUUUCACUGGUCUCACACACUUGAUUCUCGAGGGUUAUUUUGCUUUCUCUCCAGAAUUUUACAAGGACAAGACUGCUCAUUAUCUGGCUGAAGUUUGGAAAGAAUAUAGCAAAGGUGAUUCAAGAUAUGCAGCAAGGGAUGCUGCAACAGUUACUGUUGAAGGAUUGACUGCUGUUCUCGAGGGACCAGCUAGCCUCCUGGCAGUGUAUGCUAUUGCUUCAGGAAAAUCGUACAGCUACAUACUUCAGUUUGCUGUUUGUUUGGGACAGCUCUAUGGAACAGCUGUGUAUUUCUUAACUGCCUACUUGGAAGGUGAUCAUUUUGCUACCAGUCCGUACCACUAUUACGUAUACUAUAUUGGUGCAAAUGCCUCCUGGGUUGUAAUUCCCUCGCUCAUCGCUAUGCGUUGUUGGAAAAAGAUUUGCUCAGCAGUCCAAGUUCAUGGCCAGAAAAGGACCAAAACUCGUUGAGGUUGAUACAGACCAUCUCAUUUCAAGACCUGGUUAGAUAAAGAUGAGAUUUUAUUGCGCAUUUAUUUCAUAUUGUUGUUAGUUUAUGCACACAAAUGUGUAAUCUUGAAACCAGUUAAACUAUGGAAAUCAGCAACAUAGACCUCCAAAUUUCAAGCAACAAUAAUUGUUUGCACAGAGAA